AUGACCACGCUGGCGUCGCUCAAGACGUGCUCGCUCGAGGAGCUCAGGAAGGAGCCGUGGCGGCUGCAGAUCCAGGCGGACAACACGGCGGAGCAGCUGCGCGACCUCGUGCUCAAGAACUACCACGUCUUCAUCCAGAGCAACCAGUGCGCGGCCAUCGUCAAGGACGACCUGGCCGAGCUCCAGAGCGACACGACCGAGGUCGAGACGGCCAUCCCGGAGCUGCAGCGCCACUGCGCCACCUUCCAGCGGGACGUGGCGGACGUCGUGGCCAAGCACGGCGACAUCCAGUUCGUCUUCGAGCACUACCUGCAGCUAACGGAGCUGCUGGAGAUCCCGCAGCUGCUCGAGGCCUGCAUCCACAACGAGCUCUUCGACUCGGCGCUGGACGUGAUCCAGUUCGCCAACGAGACGUUCCAGGCUGGAGAAGGUGAAGGCAAUGGAGCUGACCCUGACGCGGAGGCGUCACGCAACCUCGUGAUCGACUGCCUCGUGCGCGAAGUGGCCGAGAUGACCAGCAUCAUGAGGGACAAGCUGCUGCAGAAGCUGCGCGAGGACCUGCAGCUCGCGCUGUGCGUGCGCAUUGUGGGGUAUCUGCGUCGACUGGACGCGCUGGUGGAGAAGGACGCGGCGGCGGCGGUGGGGUCGCUGGAGUACGAGAAGCAACUGAAGGAGGAGUUCCUCGCCUGCAGGAACGUGUGGCUCUCGUCCUUGAGCAGAGGCAUUCCGUCCUCCGACCCGUACCAAUAUAUUAUUCAAGUGAUCGACAUCAAGCGAACGAGCUGGUUUGAUAUGAUUACUCAAUACUCGGCGAUCUUCGGCAGCGAGAACGUAGAUGGUAAGGUGGAUCCUCCGCUGUGUCGCUGGGCAACAUCGACGGUUGCAAACUUUAUCCACAUUCUCAUGAAGCAACUCCCCAAGAUUGAUGACUUCAGCUCGAUCGCUACAAUCCUCGAACAGAGUCUGUUCUUCGGAGGGUCGCUAGGUCGUGUUGGUGUGGACUUCCGAGCUGUCCUUGUGGUAUACUUCGAGGACCACGUACUAAACUUGAUGACUGAGUACUGGCGAGCGGCUUGCCGCGAGUUCCAAGAAAACCUGAGCGCUCAUUCGCUGUCGGCGUCCAGUGGGUCGUCCUUUUCGGCCUCCUCGAAGACUCCCAUCGUGAUCGCGUCGUACCGCUCGUCGGCGAAUGGAAGUGGCAACAGUUUCCCGUUCGGUUCUCGCCCGACUGCUACAUCAUCCGACGGGGAAGAUUACUCACCGCCGCGGUGUCUGAUGUCGUUCCCAUUGCUGGCAGAGUUCACGAACGCGCUGCUAUCGUCCCUCAACGAGUUGAGACUGUGCGCAAUCUCGUCACUGCAGAAUCGUCUUGGUAAAAAGUAUCAGAGCGCAAUCGGCACCAUGCUGCUUACGAUCGCCGACUUCGUCCAGGAGAACGGGCUGGAUCUGCACGCUCCGACCGAAGAAGGCAGUGAAAGUGUCUCGAGGAAUGCAAGGGCAGCGACACUUACCGAAUCGGUUCGAGCAAUGAAUGAGGUAAUUCGUUCGGAGCUUGUGCCGUACCUAAUCAAGUGCUUCCAUCGCUUGUUCCCGGUUCCAUCGGCGGCUGCUCUUGGCGCAGCCAACGCUGUGAGCAAGGAAAUUGAAUCUUUUGGCGAAAUCAUGCGCGAGGCCGGCUUGCUGGCCCCUCCACCAGCUGACGAGACUGGUGCAAAAGUCGAAGUGGAUGUAAACGCUGGCGUAUUGGAGACAGCACCAUUCGACACUGAUGCUGCUGUCUCUGAAACAACCGAGUAG